AUGUCAUGCUCGAACCCUUCGAUUCCCUCUCUGACAACCAUCGACUCGGAGGUCCCGCAAGAAAAGGCAGCAGAUGAGCAGGGCGAACCUCUUGGCUGUGAUGAGACGCCUUUCACGCCGUGUGUUCCUGUGCUUGAGGAUGACGGGUACUCAGGUGACAAUGCCAUCGAGAGCGGUGACUCCGAUUACGAGGAUUCGUCUGAUGAUGAUGGUGGCCUGCAAAUGGUACGGCGACGUUCUGCACCACUGACACCUAGUGGCGGCCGGGGACUCGGAGUCAGCAGCACGUCACAUUUCUCACGCCCUCCACGACGAGGCACUGGAUCUUCAGCAUUCUCCAAGAAAUCAUCGAGAAGUGGCAGCAACAAUACUAUGAAGAAGAUACGCAGUCAUGAUGAGAGCGAGUAA